GUUGAUCAGUCGUGCGUGGCACUUGACACGCGUCGCGUCUUUCUAUAAGUUUUGGGGUGCGAACCGCGUCCGUUUCGUCCACCCGCUCCGUUUCUCCGUUCGUCUGUCGCGCAUGCUUUCCCGUUCUCCGUCCUGAACGUAUUCUGUGAGUCGGUGUUUCUCGUCGCCGCAUCGGGAAUCCCUGAAAAAAUCGACGAUCGUCGGGAAACGAUAUCUCGACACGGUGCCAUCGACGCGUGCGUCCGUGCAAACUUUCCCGGGUACGGAACGUUGCGUUCAAAGUGCACACUCCUCGAAAACUUAGGUGUACGUGGGUCGAGUCGAACCGCGGGGGGAACACAAACGACUAAGCGAUCGUAUCGCGGUGAUUUAAUGUGAGAAACGAGCGGUCGCCUCCACGACUCCGUUUCUUUUGUUGUGUUACGCUGGGUGCAGUUCCUCUGUGAUAUCGUUGAUAAAGUCUCGUCCGCCGCCGCUCGACCACGUGUCUCUGUUCGAACGACGAGACCGUCGAGACAAGAAAAGCUUCGGAGUCCGAAGUUCGACGUCUGUUCCCGCUCUACGAGUUUCUACGGCUGCUGGACAACGUUGGCUGCCGUCGCCCGUCUCUCCGCUGCCUUCGAUUCGAUGCGAGUGCCGCUCCUACGAGGGAAACGAGGAUCGAUAUUUACGAGAAGGCUUUGAAGGAACAGUACAGUGGUCGUCGUCGACGCUGUCGCCAUCGACGUCGUUGCAGGGGUGUGGCCAUCACGACAGGAGCACGGAGAAUUCUGAUCCCCAUUACUCCGGGCCUAGCAGUCGGUGGAGCGUUCGCGAUGGCCGCUCGUUUAUGACGAAUCCAGCGCGCGUGAGAACUGAGCAGCGGAGGCGGCCUCCGGAAGCGGGCAGAGAGCUCGUGGCUCUGGACGGAGAAGGGCAGAGGGUUCAGCCUCGAUCUUAUUUUGGCCGGGCGCUCCCGAUCUCGCGUCCAAAGUGGCUAAGAGCGUAAGUCCUCGUCGCGUGCACCAGGAGUGGUUGAGCGUGGGGGAGGUGCAGGUACAAGUGCAGCAGGAGAGACGAGCACCGUGGCGCAUGCCUUACCUGGGGCCUGAUAUGACAACCCGGCUGUCCGCCAUGUUCUACACGGUUGAAGUCGGGGACACCAGGUUCACCAUUCUCAAGCGGUACCAGAACCUGAAGCCGAUCGGCUCGGGUGCCCAAGGAAUCGUUUGCGCGGCGUACGACACGGUCACCGCGCAGAAUGUGGCGAUCAAGAAGCUCUCCAGACCUUUUCAAAACGUCACGCACGCGAAGAGGGCCUACAGGGAAUUUAAACUCAUGAAGCUGGUCAACCACAAAAACAUUGUCGGUCUUCUAAACGCGUUCACGCCGCAGCGGUCGUUGGACGAGUUUCAGGACGUCUACUUGGUGAUGGAGCUUAUGGACGCGAACCUGUGCCAGGUGAUCCAGAUGGAUCUGGAUCACGAGCGCAUGUCCUACCUUCUCUACCAGAUGCUCUGCGGCAUCAAGCAUCUGCAUUUCGCCGGUAUCAUUCACAGGGAUUUGAAACCGAGCAAUAUCGUCGUGAAGUCAGACUGCACGUUGAAGAUUCUCGACUUUGGACUGGCGAGGACUGCUGGGACGACGUUCAUGAUGACCCCGUACGUGGUGACGCGGUAUUAUCGAGCACCAGAGGUGAUCCUGGGCAUGGGGUACAAGGAGAACGUGGACAUUUGGUCGGUCGGGUGCAUCAUGGGCGAGAUGAUUCGAGGUGGCGUGUUGUUUCCCGGCACCGAUCACAUCGACCAGUGGAACAAAAUAAUCGAACAACUGGGAACACCGGCGCAGGAAUUUAUGCAGCGGCUGCAGCCAACCGUGAGGAAUUACGUGGAGAACAGGCCGCGAUACCCGGGAUAUCCGUUCGACAGGCUAUUCCCGGACGUUCUGUUUCCCUCGGAUUCUUCGGACCACAGUAGAUUAAAAGCCACCCAAGCCAGGGAUCUAUUGUCGCGCAUGCUCGUCAUCGACCCCGAGCGACGCAUCUCCGUCGACGACGCUUUGCUGCACAAUUACAUAAACGUGUGGUACGACGAGCGCGAAGUCAAUGCCCCCGCACCCGGCCCGUACGACCACAGCGUGGACGAGAGGGAGCACACGGUGGACCAGUGGAAGGAGCUGAUCUACCAAGAGGUGAUGGAGUACGAGACGAGCCACAACCCCGCGACGGUGACUGCUCAGACGUCGGAGAGCGCCGGCUCUCGGUAGACACGGGGCAAGUCUUCGCCAGCUUUCUCGCCGAGGACGCGCCUAGACUAUCCGAUCUAUCGUAUAAAUAUCGCGGAGAAAAUGUAAAGAGAGGUGGCGACGAAUAUAAGAGAAUCGUUCGCGUCCAUUGGGGGUAGACGCGCGCGCCGUUUUCGUUCAGAGACGAAGAAGGGAACGGCCGUGCCGGGAGAGGAUUGCGAGACAAAUGUACACGAGAAAAUGUUGAGGAUGCAAGAGUGCGAGUGAGUGAGAGAAGCGAGCGAGGGAGGCUCUGCUCCGUCGGUUUUUUCGAGAAGAGGAGAAAUCGACAUCGAGGGAGAGCACCAACCGGUUGUUCCGAGAUGUCGUCCGCGCGGACGUGUCGAGGCAUAACGAGCGCGCGUCUGCGAGCACACGCGGUAACUAUAAUAUAUAAAUAUAUAAAUAUAUAUAAAUAUAUUCCCGUAACCAAAGCAUAAACGCGAUUCAGAGACACGCCGACGGACGCUGUUGUCCGUUCGAGCACGGCGCCGCGACGUUCGUCGUUGUUUUUGCUCGAUCUUCUUGCUCCUCUUUCCGAGAAUCUCCCCCGUACGGGAAAUGCGCCAUUCGUCGACAAAACGAACGGUUCCCCCGCGAUCGAGCUUAUCAGAACGUCGCAACGCGUCGUCGAUCGACUUCGCCCUCAGAAAUGCUUCGCGAUUCCUUUGCGAAACGAGAACGUUACGCGCCGCUUUCCUUUUCUUUUCCGUUUCGGAGCCGUCUCCUCUGAGAAUCGCCACAAAUACACACACACAUAUACACGCACGAUCGACCGAAGGGAGAUAAAGAGUUGCUCGGUGGACGCCAGAGUUAGGCAGCGGUUGCUUUGCGAUUACUUUUGUAACAAUCUACAAUCGUGAAUCGGUGAUACGUAAUCUUUCGGAGUAAAUCGUGUCGGAUCAUACGUUGUAACCCUUUCGCUGCGACACACUUAACCAACGGUACGCCUUAGCUGAGGGGACUCUCCGAGGCAUGGGUGUACCUUAACCAUAAUUACCACGAGAUCCUUGUUAUAACAAAACAAAGAAAGCGAUACGAAGAAUUGUGUGCUUAAAAUCAUUACCACACUUUCCAUCUCAAUUUACGAACACACGUACGGAGGGUGUACGUACACCCAUGACAGCGAAAGGGUUAUUAACGUGUACCGAUCGUUACCGAUUUCUCGCGAAUUGGACUCUUGUCCAACCCUGGUGGAAGCAGAUCGGUCGUCGAAAAACUGCCUGAACGACAUUCACGAAUUCGUCGCGCGUCUUCUCGUUACUGCCACCGAUUUCAAGCACCCCAGCCUCUAAUCUCCAGCCCCCCCUCGAUAUAUAUUUUUGUCCCGCGGCGAUCGAUCUGCGAUCUCGUCGAAAACGCGUCGCCUCCCCCGAACUCGAAGCAUCCUUUUGCGUCCCUGCGCGCCAAUAUCUAUUUUUCGUAUCGUCCUUGGAACUGGGGAACAAAUAUCCGCGAUUAAGAGAAGACGAAAAUCGUCGACAGACGACGACGGGAUCGCCGAUCCGAUCGCUAGCGACUCCCGGGGAAGCGCACCGCUUGUCUACCCUUUCUUCGUCCCCGCGGUCGCGACACUUGGCGAAUUCGGUUUCCCCCAGCGCGAAUUUUCCUCGCGAGAACUUUACUUCUCGUUCGUUGGUUGGUACGCAGCGACGAGCAUCGUCGAUCGCGACAGCGGCCAGUGCCGGAUCUCGUAACGAUGGGUUCCUGGAUUACAGGCGGGAGACCCUCGGGAAAAGACUGUCCAUUUUCAGUGCACGUAUAUAUACGCUCUUCGUAACUGACUGUCCACUUUUGGAAGGCGUAUAUACGCGUCCUUCGUAGCGAGAAGGGUGCGGAUGUUUAAUAUUCAACGAUAUCGUAGCGAAUGCACAGUGUUAAACUUAAUUUAGACGUCGUUGAAACGUAGCGAAAUGCAAUUCUUACGGAAAGGUAAGGUAGGCCUUUGCUGCUAGGUACGACAAGUUAGCGUCCGAUCUUAAAUCUCCAAAAAUAAAUCACAACGAUCUGCAGUUAAUCGCAUAUGUGAUAUACUAACAUACUAUAAUUAUAAAUUUACAGCAGUAAAUGCCGGUUAGCUGCGAUAGAUGAUUUCGAGAUCUUUUCGAUUCACCGAUUGUGUAAAAAAAGAAAAAAGAAAAAAUAAAUUUUCGCUUGCCCCCAAAAUCCCUCGAUCCGGCCCUGGCGGCGUCAACACGUCGAAGAAGUCCCGUGAACGAGAAGCCCACACGAUAUAUAUCGUCGAUCGAGCACACAAUUUUGUACGUAAUUUCCGAAAGCGUCCGACAUACAGGGUGGUCGCGGAUAAGAAGAGAGCUCGUACCGGUUCCCGUUUCGAAGUUGGAAUAUUCGAUUUUGCCGCGUCGACGCCUUUCUUAAAUCGUCGAGCAAUUGAACAUUGUGUAUUUUUAUAUAAAACGCAAAACUCGAGACGCGCGUGCUUUUUGUCUAAUCGUUUUCGCGCGCUCGUACAGCCGCCGAUAUUUUCUAUCGCUAACUUUGUAAGAAGAUGAGGCGACCACGCCACGUUUAAUCCACGAAUAAAAUAUCCCACAGGGGGAAAUGGAUGCGAGAGAGAGAGACGAAGAGGAACAAUGAAUCGCGAAUAAAAGAGAAAGAAUAUGUGAAACGAGAACGAUAAACCACGGCGAAGUGGAGGGAUCUUCAGCGAUUGAAUUAUCCUAGAGAGAGAGAGAGAGAGAGAGGAAGCGAGUCGUGGGGGUUCGCACGCUCGAAAAUACGUUUUCUUUGAAAAACCGACUGGUGCAAUGUCGCGGCGAUCGAUCAUCGAGUAUCUACGACGACGCGAUUCGCCGGUCGUACUUGUCGAUUGUGUCUUUAGCUAGUUAGUUUGUUAGGUAAACUCGUUCUUUUCGUGCAAUCGUGCGUACGUCGUGCCGUCGCGAGCGACGACGGACGGCGACGCGGACAACUAGAACGUAUUAUGUAUAAAACGCUGUUCCGUAUUUCGUGGAAUUUUUUCGCUGUCGACGGACAAACGGCAAUAAAUUGGCGAAACUGGGCGCAGUUUCCGAUCGUCCGGAGAACCACGAACGCGUUUCGUUUUAUCGGCGUUUCUUCGUUUCUUGCUCGUCGGACGAACAACGUUCGCGUCGCGCACGUUCUUUGGUCGACGUGGCUCCCGCUCUUCGACGUCACGCUUUAUGUUUCAGUACGAGGAACCACGAGCGUCGUCCAUUUCCGAAGGGACGCGCGUUUUAGCCUUAAGCUCGAACAAACGAAUGGUUGCCCUUCGCAAUAGAAGCCACCACGCCUGGGUCAACGGUUUCGAGAUACGAUAGACUCCUGUAUAACGCGUUAUAGGGAACCGUUUUGUACGAGAAUUUUCCUUGCGUAACUCGCGUAGUAUAAGUAGCCUGUACGGGGAACAAACAAAUGUUGCUACCAAUGGCGAUAACAAGCGGGGCAAACGAGGAAUUAUGCAUUACAAUGUACACUGUAACACGAAUAAAUUAUACAGAGUGAUCACACAGAG